GGGUGAAGUCAAAAAGCAGUAAAGGAAGUGGAUUUGGUUUUGGUAGGGCGUUGGAGCAAGGCAUCAUUGUGUGGAGGUUAGAUAAAAAACACUGAAUUCGGAUAUACCCCCAAAAUGAGCGGCUCACAGUUUAAUAAGGGACCAGCGUAUGGGUUUUCUGCUGAAGUCAAGAAUAAAAUUGCUCAGAAGUAUGACCCUCAGAAAGAAGCCGAACUCAGGGUAUGGAUUGAAGACAUUACUAGAAUGGAAAUUGGUGACAACUUCCAGCUAGGCUUGAAAGAUGGAGUCAUUCUGUGCGAACUCAUCAACAGACUGCGGCCAGGAUCUGUGAAGAAAAUCAAUCGUUCCAAGCUGAAUUGGCACCAGCUUGAGAAUCUAAGCAAUUUCAUCAAAGCAAUGACUGAUUAUGGGCUAAAACUGCAUGACAUCUUUGAGGCCAAUGAUCUCUUUGAGAAUGGCAACAUGACACAAGUGCAAUCGACUCUCUUGGCCUUGGCUAGCAUGGCUAAAACAAAAGGCAUACAGACUCAUGUGGAUAUUGGUGUGAAGUAUGCAGAUAGGCAGGAGAGAAGCUUUGAUGAAGAAACUUUAAAAGCUGGACAGUGUGUUAUUGGUCUUCAGAUGGGUACCAACAAAUGUGCAAGCCAGGCUGGAAUGACGGCCUAUGGAACACGAAGACAUCUCUAUGAUCCUAAGAGCAACAUUCCCCCUCCAGUUGAUCAGUCUACCAUUAGCCUUCAGAUGGGAACUAAUAAAGGUGCCAGCCAGGUGGGUAUGACUGCUCCUGGCACAAGGAGACACAUCUAUGAUACCAAGCUAGGAACAGAGAAAUGCGAUAACAGCACUGCAUCCCUACAGAUGGGGUUUUGUCAGGGUGCUAACCAGAGUGGCCAGAACUUUGGUCUGGGUCGCCAGAUCUAUGAUCCCAAGUAUUGUCCAGCAGGUGAAGUCAUGAAGGAUGAAAACGAGGAGAACCACAUGCAGUACUAGUACUAUGGCUAUGAACAGGAUGAGGACUACUGAAUGGCGAAGGACCCAAUGAAAGAGUAGAGAAAGCUCCUUUAUGCAGUGCAUAUGGACACCAUCUUGCUGCAAUUAAUUUUUUGUACUUUUUAAACAAAUGCCCCCGCUAGCACCAUGAUACAAUGAAGUCAACUUCAGAGUUUUGUUCAUAUACAAAUUACACUGUUUUGAUUCUGUUUGUUUGUACAGUUUUAGAUCCUUUCCUGCUAUGUCUGCAUAGUUGAGCCCUCCUGGAGGUGUGUUGCUUUGUAACUAGGAUUACUCUACAUGUGACUCUCGCUGACUAAAGAGCCCUGACCUUUGGCAGCUGCUUAUUGUACUUUGUGCAGAUCACAUGUCUAAGUAGGUGAUCUGUUUAUGCUAUUGAACCUCAGGCUACAUUACUCUAAUUGUUAACCAGAGAUUAUUUUUACCUAUAUCCUUGCCAUUAGCUAGGUUAUAUAGAUUUAACUGUAGAGAGUCCCUGCUUGUUGGAACUAGCUGUGAGAAACCUUUGCUUACUGACUUAUUUACUGAUCAAUAAUUUCUGCUAGUGGAGCAUCAUCCCAUUAGUGAGUUUCAGUUCUUUCCCUAGUGUAAAGCUGGAGUAAGCAGUCUCUUUAAAUGUUCUGAGCAGAUGGCAUUAAUGGCAUUUUCUCUGCUUCUGCAACAGCUGAAGUGGAGCAGUUUCACCACGUUUGCAUAGCUUAAUAUCAUAUGUCUUGAUAUUAGAGAAACUGAUGAGAAAUUGAUAAAUUUAAAUAAGGAGAUUGUUUACUGGUUAGAUUAACUGCUUGGAGAUGGUGGGCUUAUCCUCUUUAAAUUUGCACUGUUUGCAUUUGAUUUUAUAACUCAAGGAGCGCUGCAGACAGACUUGCAGAUGGGGAGCAUGCCAGCCUCCUGAAAUAUAAUUUCCCCUUUAACCUUUAAAAAAAACCCACAGAUAUAGCUGCCUUUCUUCCAGGUGAACUAGUAUCUCGAUCUGCUGCUCGUCUUGAUUUGUGUAUUCCUUUAUCUGGUGAAUUGCUAUUGUACAUUUCUGUACAAUGUUGGUUGCCAUGGACUAGGACCUAGAGGAUAUAUUUACUCCCCCUUUUUUUUUUUUUGCCAACGCUUUGGCUUUUGAGCAUGUCAGAGUGAAAAUCUCCACACCAGGCCAGCGGAGCUGAUAACACUGUUCUGUGCAGUAGUUCUUAUCCCUGUUCUGUCAUUGGUAUUCAAAAGAGUGAUGUAUUUGUUUUUAAGAAAACUGCUUACCACAGAAUCUGUUUACACCAUGCCAUUCUUUGACCAAAAAAAAAAAAACUUUAGUGUAGAAUUUGGUUUCUUCAUGUCAUGCACAUAUCUGUUGUGUCAGCACCUUAAGAACCUUUUUGAGAAGUCAGGGUUUGCUUUUUGAAAUAAUCAAAUAUGCCCAAAUGUCUUCAUUUGUAUUUUCAGAGUGCCUCAUAGUUGAAGGUAGUAGUACAGGGCUUUGAAUGCCGAUAUGAGGUGGAGCAUAUCACCACUUCCCUUCCCAAUUCCUUCAUGUCACAGUACCAUAAAUGAACAAUUCAUUACUAAAAAUGGAUCUACUAUCUGUUCGUAAAACAUUUUAUGAAUUGAAAUAAUCAGUGAAAUGUAGGUGGCAAAGUAUUUAAAAAUAAUGGCCAAACCUGUCUGUUGCAGAAACUGGUUGGUUCUACCCCUUUCAAAUUAGCAUAAGUGAACUGAAAGUGGUCACUGUUUUAUGAAGCAGGUUUAUAGCUUAGUGAUUUAAUGAAGUAUCUUUAGUUGUGUUUUUAUUGUAUUACAAUGUCAUGGUCAUCUGUUUUUCAACCAGGUUGUAUUUUCUUGUAAAGGACAAAUUUGUACGAGUACAACUUCUUGAGCAAAUCAGUCUUGCUAAAUUCAUUAGUCGCCAAAGCCUGAAAGAUAUUUCCAGAUUGCCCAGAGUUCUUUAUUCUUUCCUGUGUACUACUGUGAGACUACCAUGAACGAAAAAAUGCCAGUUACUCAGGUGUUCAUUCUUUCCUUUUCCUUGUUUCAUUCUGAUGUGCAGUCUGUGAUGUUCCAGGCAUUUGCAGGUUAUCAAGGACUUUGUUCAUUAAAACAUCAAGAAAGGAUUAAACAGUAAAAAUAGUUGGGCCUUAUUGAUAGUAUUUCAGUUGAAUUUCCUUUAGGUGGUCAGUAGAAUGCACACUGGUCCUCUGUUGUAGGUAUUUUUUCUCCCCACUAUAUGAGCAAGUGGGAUUUUCAUGUAGGUGACCUUAUCAGUGGACCAGCCAGCUAGGAGUGGUGGGCUGUAGUAACUACUGGUCAUGUCUUCUAUCAGACCCAUAACGUAAAGGAAGGGUGUAGAAUUCAACUAUAGCACUACCAUUCUUUAGGGAGACUUUUUUUGGUGGGGGGGGGGUGCAGCAGAGAAUGCUUAUACACAGUGAUAGUGAGUUAGAGUUGCUGGGGACAUUACAUUUAAAGCUAGCCAGGUAACUUUGAACUUUCCAUAGCGACCAUCAGCUUUGGUCAGGGAUUACUGCAGUCCAUCUUUACGUAAUGCACUAGUAAGGGUUGAUGUAGUCUGUUUGAAAUAAUUGGAAACCCCAGUACAGGGGACAUUCAUGGGAGAUAGAAAAAUCUAUAGUAAUCUACAUUAUGAUCAACCACUUCAAAAUGGAGAAUAUAAUGAUGUGAAAGAACUGCAUGUAGCGAAGGUGGGUUCAGCACCUCAGAUAAUCAGUAAACACUCAGUCACCACCCAGAUAAAAUGAAAAUACAGGCUGAUAAUCUCCCGUUCACAAAGUUCUGUUUGUUUUUUAGGCAUAACCUUUGGGAAUUCCAUUAGAUGAAGUUGUAUCUGAGAGUGCACAGAGUAGAAAGAAAGCGGCAGUGACGUUGAGCAGAAGGACAAGAUAUUUUUGCUUGGUCAUGUGAGAAUACCAGUAGUUUUACUUGCUAGCAAUUUGUGCAGGAGAAUCUAGAGCAGUACUGGUUGGUACUGUUGAUGUAAUACAACCCAAACCAUUCACUGUAACUGCAGCCACCGCAUUCUUAGAAUGGAGAUGAGUAUGUCUGGUAUUGAGGCAGCAUUUCAGGAAGUGCAUGUGUAUGUUGCCCUGAAUGUAAAAUUAUUCCACUGACGUGCAGACAUGAGUGGUAUUGUAGGCUAUGUGUGAGCUGAGGCAUAGCACUGAAUGCUGGUAUGAGUUUAAUGGUACAAUGUUUAAAAGUAACAUGGGGAAAUUGUGUUUGCUUUGCUGAAAAGGAAUUCAGAAUGGGCAGCCACUAUAGUCAAUUGAACUACUGCAGAUUAAGAUGUCCAUUAAUUUUUGACUGGGUUUGACAUCAGUGGCAAAAUUGUUGUCACUCUUGCAAUGGUGUGCAUUAGGUCUUUACUACCACUUGUUAUACACUUAGUAUGCUCAUUGGCUAGAAUACUUACAGUGACUGUCUCUUGUUUCUCCUUGAUAUGCCAGGUGAGCUGGCUGGCUGUAUUUAAUGCAUAAAAAUGUAGAAGUAAAUGCCUUUGUUAGCCAGCAGUGUGUAUAUGUUUUUCCCCAAGGGACAAAUGUUGCAUUUCAGUGCAGGAGUAACUACAAAGGCCUAAUGUAGUGCCCCCUUUUGUAGUAUGUAUUUUUACCAUGUAAACUUUUUGCACAGUGUAACCAUGUGAUCUUCACUUUCUACAAGUUACUUGUGCAAAGUGUAGUGCAGAAGCCACUCCAACAGUUGUGAACUUACUAGUCUGCACAUGGCUACAAUAAGCAUUCUUGAUUGAUAAGGGUAGAGAACAGAAUUGGUAAUUAUGUAUUUUUUAACUUGUUUGUUACCUCUUGGUCAUUGUAGACUAUCUAUUUUGACUCUGACUUUGGAGGUUGUGCCAUAUUUGCUGUUGAAAUCCUUCAUAUUCUUAUAGAAUAUAUUUUUAGUGUUGUAUACAGUUAGGCUGGGAGUUUGAAGCUGUAUCAAGUUUAGAAAAGCUUGAAAAAUACAUGGAUUUAAGAUUUGUACUUGUUUUGCUGCAGUGCAAGGUAUGAAUGCUUGGCACCUUGUCUUCCAAAAAAAAAAAAAAUAAUGGUUGCAAGGUACAAAGAAAGAUCUCUUCAUUUGCAUUUGUUUUCCGUUUAAACUAGUUAACUGUACAUAAUGGAUGGGUGUCAAGUAAGAAUAUAUUUGUAGUCUAAUGGCAUGUUUUGGCUGCAGUGAGCAUGUGUAAUUUUGCUCAAGUGGGGACAUUUAUCAUAAGGAAGCAGUCCUUUCUUUUCAGCAGUUACUGGCGAGGUGACCAGUGUUUGGAGUUUGGAAUGGGGUGGGAGGUGAGAAAUGGGAAGAAACUGUCAACAGUGGAACUGGUAGACUGGGCAAUCUGAAACCAAUGGCCAAAACUGCUGCUAAUGCCCACCUGGUCUCUUACUUAAUCUGAUGAUGGAUACAGGGACAAAUUAAUAUUUUCAUUAAAUGAAAUAUAAGUUGUCCAUCUGAAGUUAACUUUGAUCUGCUUGACUGCUUUUUUUACAAGGUAUUUGCACUGCUGAUCCAAUCAUCAAUUCUUUCAUAAGUAUACUUCUAGGGGGACCAUUGCUUAUAAUGCAUUUUACGCAUGUGAUAUUUGACACCAUGCUUCUUGGAGACUGUUUCACAUUUACGUCUUUGCAGACCUCUGCAAGGCUUAUUGUUUCUCCUGCCAUUUUUGAUGUAUGCCCUUCAAGGUUUAGCUACAAGAACAUAUAGAGUCAAAGGACUUGGAGGUGCCCACUUGGACACUUAGUGGGGAAGGAGUGUUGGGGUUAUUUUUUUGUCAGUAUUGCACAUCAGAGGCAUGCACUAGCAUUUAGUUGCAGGGAUUUCAUCUUCUGUAGUAUUUGAAGUAAUGGACAUGUAAAGAAACAGAGAUGUGGCCAUUUAGAGAGGCACCACUGCAUUAAUUUCACUAAAUGUAUUGGUUUAAUGUAGAAUAGAACAGCAUUUGAUUGUUGCAUGACUUCUAAAGGUGCAGUAAUUGUUCUUCACAGCUCUGCCUUACAGCACUGGGAUAUGCAACUGUCCUGGUUUCAAAGGUAGUCCUUGCAGACUACAUACUUGGCCAGAGUCGCACAGACAUGGCUCUUCAUGGUUUGCAAAUGCUAAUAUCAAGUUCAGCACAGCAACAGCUCAUGUAAAAAGAGCUUAGCAUGUUCUUUAAUGUUCAUGACAGUAGCUGCCAGGCAGGGGAAAAAAAGAAUAGUUUAAUUCCUUGCCAAACAUUGUGUCAUGUUGUAAAUGAGUAUUUGAAAUGUUAGUGAUGUCAUAAACUGCCUAACUGGUAACAUCUCUAGAAUACAAAUAAUGUAGGCUGCAUCUACAUAUCAGUUUAUUAAAAAAAAAGAAAAACAUUUUUUUUUUUUGCUCUUUUAAGCUUUCGAGGAAACCAUUUCAUGAAUCCAUUUGAGAAAUGGGAACUGUUUGGGUAGGAUUACUCAGACAUGAACUUUGACUUGUUGCUCUUACUCACACAUGCUACACAUAUCCGAAUUUCAUUUUGUCAUACUGGAAAUAUGUUUGAAAUUUGUCUGUGUAAAUGUCCUGACUCAAACUGGACUUCUUUGUAUUAUGCAAAAGUUCUGCAUUCAAAGAACUUUUCUUGUAUUGCUAAUGUUUUAUAUAAAGAUGAAAAAAUAAAUUAAAAAAAAAAUUAGCUGCACAUAAAAUCUAUGAUAAGUUUGUGCAGGUAUUUGUGGAUUUUGUAAUGUGAACAAGUGAACCGUUUAGAGGGAUGCGGCUACAAAAUGCGUUGCAGGAUUUCUUGUCACGUGUCUGCUGCCAGCCUUGCAUUCAGGCUACUAAUGCAAAUUUGCCAAAAAGUAUACCAGUUUUGUCAUAUUGCACAGUUUUUUAUUGAAAUAAAUAAUUAUUUAAAUGUCA